CAAUCAGAGUUGGGUAAAGCCGGAACACCCCGCCUAUGGUGUAACGUUUAUUAAGUCCGCGGGUUAUUAGCAAUUGAUGUUGUUUUGAAGGAGUCGGGGGCCCCGGGGCCACAGUGUUACAAGUCGCUUUCCUCUCCCUUAAGGGGAUAGUGGCUAGGCCGAGCAGCAGAAUCAUGGCUGACGCGGGGCCCCGGCAUCCUUUGCAUGCGCUUCCCCUGGAGAGCGGCGCGGUUUGUAUUGAAGGAAGCCCGUGGAUUUGGCAGCUUUUGCAUCAAUGCGUGGAAAAUGCUUGGGAAUACUGGAGCGUCAUUGUGGGGCUGGUGUCCAUCGCUUGCUUCUUGUUUGCUGCAUUGCCUCAGCUUUAUGUUGCCCAUACAAAUGGAAGAGUUGACCAGGCACUUUCCCUUGGGUUUUUGUUGUGUUGGCUUGGGGGUGACUUCACAAAUCUCAUAGGCUGCUACCUGACCAAUCAACUGCCACUUCAGAUUAUUACAGCUAUUUUUUAUGUGAACAUGGACAUUAUUAUGAUCUCGCAAUUCUCCUACUACAAACUGAAAAAUGACCGGUUGAAAGGCAAUGGAAGCCUAAAGGGAGUUUGCAUAUCGUGGGUAGUCAUUUCCAUCACCCUGUCUAUCAUAUUGCCUAGCCAAUUGCUUCUGAAAAACCAUGACAAGAACAUUGAUGUGGAAGUAAGCCAGAAAACUCUUGGCAUUACUGAAAUGUCUGGUUUCAUUUGUGGGUAUGUUUCAUCUGUUUUUUAUUUGGGCUCCCGCUUUCCCCAGCUUCAUAAAAAUUUCCACAGAAAAUCCACAGAGGGCACUUCCUACUUGUUAUUUGCAUUGGCCAUGCUUGGAAACUGUACCUACGGGAUGAGUCUGCUUUUAAAGCUACCUGCUGUUAGACAUCUUAAGAGCCAGUAUAUAAUGCACCACCUGCCCUGGUUAAUUGGGAGCUUUGGUGUCCUUAUACUUGACUUUUUUAUGACGGCACAGUUCAUUAUUUAUCGGAAAAAAGACAGAAAUAAGACUAAAGAUUUAUUCGCAAUAGAAGUGGAGCCUUUACUCGUGGAUGAAAAAGAAAUCUAAACACUUAAGGGCAGGUUUACACAGCCUUGUCUUUUUUUUUCUUUUUUUAGCAUUUGAGAAAGUUGAGAAUAUUAAAUGUUCAGAAUUAGUAGAGUGUUAGAGUUUAGAACUCUUGACACCCAUAGGAAAGAAUUGAUUUUGAUUGCUCUAUUGAACUUACCCAUCGAUCUGCAUGGGUAAAUGCGUCAAGCCUUUACACGUUUUCCUGAUUGAAAUGAAAAUCUGGAAAGUGUUAUUAACGGUAAACAAUAGUGAACUGCUAGCUGGAAUUUUAGUAGACAUGCCUCUUAGAAUUUGAAGCUCAUUAAUCUGUUUACAUUCCAUAUGGACUUUCUUCUAAGAUUUUAUGAUCCAUGGCAUCUAAACAAGGUGUUGUAUAACAAGCGAACACAAGGGGGAAGUUUGUAGUGUCUUUUUACUUUGAUGUUUACAGUAACAUUGCAUACUUAAAGAAAAACUAAAGCCUAAAACAGAAUAUAGCUAGAAAUGUUGUAUUUCAUAUACUAAACAAAUCUGUAGAAGCCCUAAACUUGUGACCGUAUCCAUGUCUUCAAAUCUGUCAACAGCAGAUCCCACCUUGGAUCUUUUUAGACUAGGGUUAUCUGAUCACUUGAAAAUUCAAGGACACCUCCAAUGUUCCAUUGUACACAGACCAGAACACUCAAUGAAUUGAGGUGCACACAAAGAAUUUAGUCAAAAACCUAUAAUUUUGUACUUGCUUACACAAUAAUUUUUUGCACUCCUAGCCAACAAAAAAAAUUAGAGGAAACAUUGGACACAUCUAAUAAUGCAUGUUGUAGUUCUACACUAAUUGCAAUUAAAUUCAGUUAGUGCAA